AUGGUUCACUCUACGAGCGAGGAACGCGCUGUACAUUUGACACGGGAGGCUGUUGAGUUAAUUGAUGCUGGCCAUCGUGAGGCCGCCUCACGAAAUCUCCGAGAAGCUCUCUCCUUAGCUCCAGAACAUCCGGCAGUCAAGGAAGCUUUCGUGAAAAUCCAGCAGGAAGAGGAGAAUGGCCAUCACCUGCUAGAUCUCUGCCGACGCUAUACCGGUGGCAAGGACGAGUCCGCGGGCAAAGACGCCGCCCUUUAUCUCCGUACCGACGGACUCAAGCCUCCCGAGGAGGUUGCAUUGGAAUGUGUCAAGCUCCUGCUGGCGCAAAGGCCCCAUGCCUUGUCGUCGCUGCAGGAUGACAUUAUCUCGGGGCUGGUCCGCCAGAACACCAGCGUGCGGCGCUACUUCUCAGAGCAGCUCCAGGUGUCGGUGACCACGUUCUUCGAUGAGAUUUACGAAAGAGGCGACGGCGCUGCCGUAUGCCUUGACACUGUGGUCUUGGACCCUACUGUGUGGCCGUCCGAGGAUGCUCGUCUACACUGUGAGCGCGAGCUUUUCUUGCUCUUCAUCGCCAAGCUCAUGGAGUCGGGCCACGAUAUGGACGGUCGCUCCCUCAAAGGAAUCGCGCGUUUGCUUGCCGUCGAUGCGGCGAAGCUGCAGGAGUUGGUCGACGAUGAAGGACUGGACGUGAUCCUGUCCUCUUUGGACAGCCGGCUUCCCCUCGAGUGGAGGAGUCAAGCGACUCUAGCAACCGUCAAGUACCUUGAAAUCUCCAGGCAAGUUGGCGAAGAGAGGUUCUCUCGGCUCGUAACUGCCAAGGUUGUCAAGGGUCGCAGCGAUGAUUUGAUCGAGGCAUUCUCGGCCACGGCUGCGGUCUUUCCCGUGAUACCAGAAGUCGCGGCCAACCUUUUCCUAUCGGAGAGCUACCUAGCGGCUUUGGCGCCUUUGACCUCCAGAGACGCGAAGAGCCGCAAGGUCGAGCCCCAUUUUCUGGAAUUGUUGAAUGCCGCGUGCAUGAACAAGGCCUGUCGGGAAGCAAUUUCAAAGCAUCUUUCGACCUGGCUUUCUCACCUUCUCACCAAUGGCUGUGAUGAGAGCUCCGAGAUGGCGGCGGUCAUCUUGGCCAAGGUCCGUACUGCUGCCCAAGUUGGUCCUUCGGACUCCAACGGCAAGGUAGAGGAAGAUAACAGCCGGGUUACCGAGCUGGUCGACCGCUUCAAGGAUUUGAUGUCGAAGCGUAAGACCGAGAAUCUGUCAAACGUGAUCGAGGGCUUAGCCUAUGCAUCUGUAAAGGCCACCGUCAAGGAACAGCUCGCCAAUGAUGUGGCAUUCUUACAGGAUCUCAUCAAGAUUCUGCGCGAGAAUUGCGCCGAUUCGUCAGUGCUUUACGGUGGUCUCAUGAUCAUUGUGAACCUCACACAAUUCCCACCCACUUUGACAGAAGAGCAGAAGAAAAUGUCCCAACUCAAGUCUUAUGCCGAGGCCUCUCCUAGCGGGGCCCGAGCAAAGCCAGAUCCCCUUGAUGACGAGCAACAUGUCAUCGCACGUUGCAGUGCGCUCAUCAAGGCAGGUGUCAUGCCUCUUCUGGUAGAUUGCGGUAAGACAAAUCUCUCCUCGGUGCAAGGUCUCAUGGGAAAGAUCGUCCUUGCCCUGUCAUGGGACCGAAAGUCUCGGGGAACCUUGGCACAGCAAGGUGCUGUCAAAUUCUUGCUCGUUAUGGCAGCCGCGAAGCAGGGGACCCCGGGGACAAACGCCACCGAAGCGGUACAGAAUGCAUCGCAAGCACUCGCGCGAAUUCUGAUCUCCGUCAACCCGGUCCACGUGUUCCCCUCCUCGGGCUUCCCGCAGAUCACAUCCGCUAUCAGGCCUCUGACCGCGCUUCUGGUAAGCCCGGAGACGACUAGUCUGACGGCGGAACAACCGCGGAAUCUUUUACCGGUCUUUGAGAGUCUGCUUGCUCUAACAAACCUCGCCUCCCAUCCAGACGAGACUGCUCCCGAAGCUAUCGUCCGCCAGGCCUGGCCCGUAGUAGAGGAUCUCCUGCUCUCCAGUAGUCCCAUGGUUCAGCGAGCUGCCUGCGAGCUCAUCUGCAAUUUGAUGACGUGCGAGUCCGGCAUCGUCAAAUAUGCCGAUGGCUCUAAGCGCGCGGCGCAACGGCUGCAUGUGCUGUUGGCUCUCACCGAUACGGACGAUAUGGCAACCCGCAGCGCUGCUGGCGGAGCUCUUGCGAUGCUGACCGAAUUCGAAGCAGCCAUUGCCGGAAUCCUGGAACGGCCGCGGGGUGUCCAGCUACUGCUGGCCCUGUGCCAGGAAGAGGAUGAAGGUUUAGUGCAUCGCGGCGUAGCCUGUGUGCGGAACUUGACCUGUCUCGCCACCGGAGAUAUUGGCCGGCGGGCCAAGGAAGCCAUUAAGGCAAACGGAGGAGUUAAUAUAUUGAGCAAUGUGCUGAAGAAGACGAAGAACCCCGCGGUACUUCAAGUCGGGGUCGAAGCCUUGAAGCCAUUGGUCGAAUAG